GGAGAGCAGGCCUUUUUUAUUACCCUCACCUCGCGUACGCGUUUCUGAAGCACUCGCACAUUACUAUUGAUUCCUUGCCAUCUACUCCCUUUACACAAAAUGCGACGCCCUGGGCCUUUGAAAGACCUGCCUUUGGAGCCUUUUCUGCAUCCAAACUCCAAUGUCCCUGACAACCUAAAACCAUUUAAUUGUCCGAGACCAAACAAGCGCCCGCAUUCACCUGCUGCGCCGAUCCUUUUCAGUCCGGCUAAGCGUCGUAUCCUCAAUGAAGAAGGCAUCACCUUCCCCGGGAAGACGCUUAGAAGUAUUCCGUCUUCUCGAACCAGACUUGCAGCAUCCUCCUCCGAUUUCCUUGGAGACACCCCAGCGAAGAAGUUAGACUUUGGGCCUCCGAAAGGUCAUCAGCAGCUUGUCCCGUCUAUCCCAAGUUGCACUGCGGAACCACGCAGUCGUUCUCCAUCGGGCAGUAUAGCAUCUUCGUCUGAUAUUUCGGUACAGCCAAAUGCCAUUCACCAGCCCUCGACAUCAUAUAUCACCCUAGACAGUGACGUUCCGUCAUCCACCACUACUGUCCCUCGUCGCUCGUCGCGGUUACGAGGCUCCCCUCAUAGUGUAGCUCCCAUUUCAAUGCCCCGCGAUAUGCCAUCCCCACCUGAUCGCCAGUCUAUCCACUAUCCUGGCUUCGACACAUUCCAAGAUGAUCAACAAAUUUGACGGCCUCUGACGCUUUUGAAGUGGGCCGUUGUACGGAGGAGAUGAAGAUCGACAGAGAAGAAUACAAAGAGAAUGUUGCUCCUAGAAAGAGGACGAAGAAGGGGAGCACCGCUCCAACUUCGCACGAUCUGAUGAAGAUUGCACUACUUACCCCGGAGGCUAAGAAGAAGGAGCUUGAUAGUAUGAACGUGAUGGUUUCUUCUGCUACGUCGAAGAAAUCCGUAACAAGAGCACGGGAGCUGGGGUCUAAACAAACUCCACGUCGGCCCACUCUCUGUACUAGUACCCUACAGUUGAGUUUAUCGCCAUCUCGGGUAACGCCUGACGAGCGGAGAGAAAGGCGCCGACUGUUGGAGGACGAGGUAAAUAAUAUUACCGACGAAGACGACGAUGAAGGCAACUCUACCAAGUUGCUGCUUUGAUAGGGCUACUGCCUUCUGCUUCCUUUCUACAAGCGUGAUUUUGGAAUUACAAUGCAUCAAACAAUAAUGUAUAUCCAAAAAUCUAUCCAUAUUUUUUCUUCCUGAUCUUCUAGAUCAUAUAUUAUUUCUUUCGAUUGAUCUAUUCAUCACAUUUACUUACCAGACACUGAAGAUUUCUUGGGCCCAUGUUUACCUCC